CCUUUCAACCAAAUAUAAAUAUACGCAUCGAACCUCAUAUCCAAUGCGCUUCUCUCCAUUCUUAUCAAACAUCAUCUUCACUUUCUCAAACAUUACCCGUGUGAGACCUCCACUGACUUCACACUUGGCCUAUCGACCUAAUCUUCCUCUUCGAUCUAUGUCUGGAAUUCCCAUCCUAGGCGCUUUGUUCGGCACUUCAUCUAGCAACAACUCCAAAAUGUCUUAUCCUGACCAGCGUUCAAACGACGAGUGGCGAGCUGUCCUCAACAAGGAGCAAUUCCGUAUUCUCCGUGAGAAGGGUACCGAGGCUCCCGGUUCAGGAACGUUCGACAAGCACUACCCAGACGAAGGUGUCUACACUUGCGCAGGUUGUGAGGCGCCUCUCUACAAGGCUACCCACAAGUUCAAGUCUGGCUGCGGCUGGCCGGCUUACUUUGACAGCAUCCCCGGCGCGGUUGUUCGUCAUGAGGAUCGCACCUUUGGUAUGGCCCGAACAGAAAUUGUGUGCUCCAACUGCGGCGGUCAUCUAGGACAUGUGUUCAAGGGUGAGGGCUAUGACACGCCUACCGACGAACGUCAUUGUGUGAACAGCGUCAGUCUUAACUUCUCCCCCAAUGACAAGAUUGUCAAGGAUAAGCCUGAAAGCAAGGCUUGAUAUUGAGAUUUGGGACCUUGGAAAGGCUGUUGAUGAGAUCAUGAGGAUAUGAGUGGAUGAGAAGUACUUGGCGUCGAGGAUGCGGUUGUGUUGUACUCAGAGAGUUGAAUAGCCAAUGGGAUUUAUU